AAAAGCCAAGAUGAGUUUUAGCAUAUUUAUCGACGGUUUAUUUUGUUAUUAGUUUUAACCGCCCCGUUUUAAAAAUGCCUGACGUUCAGGCAUUAUUUGGCUGCACUCUCGCAGCUAGUUAACAUUUGGCGACUAACAUUCAUGAAGUCUCUACACAUGCUCUCGAGCUAGCUAACCAGGACAGGCACUAUAUCUGAGGAGCACCAUGAUUAAGUGUUUGCCUGUAGAGAUUCAGGGGAAACUUCGCUCCGGUGUCGCUAUCCCCUCACUUCAGCAGUGUGUAGAGGAGCUUAUCCUGAACAGCAUCGAUGCUGAGGCGACCUGUGUGGGAGUAAGGAUGGACAUGGAGGCAUUUAAAGUGCAGGUAAUCGAUAACGGUGCUGGAAUAAGCCUCGAAGAUAUGGAGAACCUGGGGAACAGAUACUGCACGAGCAAAUGCAGCACCAUUGAGGACCUGGAGAACCUCAAGUGGUAUGGUUUCAGAGGAGAAGCCCUGGCAAGUGUAGUGUCUCUAGCCACACUUGUUGAAAUCUCUUCCCGGAUAAGAUCAUCAGUGAAAACUCACGUCAAAAUUUUCAAAGACGGCAAGGGCAUGAAGGUAUUUGAAGCAGAGACUGCUCGACCCUCUGCUGGGACAACUGUUAUUGUUUGUAGCUUCUUCCACAACAUGCCUGUCCGGAGGAAGAGGAUGGAUGCAAUACUGGAGGGUGAGAGGAUCAGACACAGAGUGGAGGCUAUUUCUCUUAUGCACCCAUCUGUGUCUUUCACCCUGAAAAAUGACUGCACAGGUGCUAUGAUGGUGCAGCUAUCUAAAGCCAAAAACACCUACCACAGGUUUGUUCAGAUUUACGGCCUCGGGAGAGCACAGAAACUUGGAGAAAUCAGCCACACACAGGGACAGUUUGAAGUGAUCGGCCACAUUGGCAGAGAAGGCCAUUACAACAACAGCUUGCAGUACUUGUAUGUGAAUGACCGACUGCUCUUGAAAACACGGAUACACAAGCUGUUGAACUUUCUCCUUCGCAGGCUGAGCAGCUCGAGUAAGAAAAGCGACAGUCCAGAUGGGCAGUCAGCCAUAAAGAGCCCAAAGCACAAACGAAGCCAAGAGCAGCAUGGAGUAUACAUCAUCAAUAUUAAAUGCUCUUACUCAGAGUAUGACAUAUGUCUGGAGCCUGCCAAAACUCUAAUUGAGUUCAGAGAUUGGGAUGGCAUUUUGCUCUGCGUAGAGGAGGCGGUGAAAGCUUUCUUAAGCAAGGAGAACUUGGUGGCUGAACUUUCACAGGAUGACGUGGACUAUUUAUCUCCCAAAUUGUUUGGCAAUCACGACACAGACCAAGAAGGACACGAAAGCAGCAACUGUGGCCAAGAAACUUGCAGUACAUCCAUACUGGAUUGCAGUAUUGGGGUGAAACUGGCAUCAAAUCCUGUCCAUCGUAAGCGUAAAAGUGACAGUGUAUCCGAGGAGUGUGUUUGCCAAGAGGACGGUACAAUUGAUGGCAAAGAAGAGACUGAACUAAGAGGGCAGAAACAGGUUGCUGAAGAUGGGCUUGAAAAGGCUGAAAUUGAAGGCAAUAAAGAAGGUGAUCGCCCACAGUGUGAUCUGGAAAAACUGGAACUUCAAUCUAACUUUAACGUCACUGAGGAAGAGGAGCCAACAAGCUUGGAAGUUCAGGAAGGAUCAGAAGUUUUAAAUAUGUCAAGUCCAAUCAGAAAAGAGGAAAAUGAAACUCAAUACAAUGAUACACAACAAAGCAAUGCUACCUCUUUAUGCAAUAUGACUUCACAACAUGGCAACAAUCAUCCAUUAAAACCUGAUUUAAACAGUAUUGGGCAAGUUUCAUCAGACUGCCAAGAUACAGAAGGACUUUUACAGGACUCAGCUGGAAACAGAAAGAUAAGUUUGUGUGAUCCAUACAUCCAUGAAAGCCUGCAGAGUGCAGGCCAAUCUAAAGACAGCAGGUCACUGAUUCAGCAGCAAGAUUUUGUGAGGAAACACAAAGAGAAAGACUUUGUAUCAAAACGCAAAAUUUCUCUGAGUGCUGAUCACGACACAUCUUUUCAUAAACAAUGCAAAGAUUCUGUUCCCUCAAAGAUCCCCAGAGUUGUAUCAAGUCAGAAGUUAUCAUUAUGUGAGGAGCCUGGAUCUCUUGAGGAGUUUAGAAGCAUGUAUGGUAAAUCUGAAAAAUUGAAAUUACCCUCACAAGUGACCCACCAAGAGGACAAUACCAGACUUCCAGAGACAAAUAGCUUUCUUCUGUAUUCCCAGAAUUUUUGUGUUUGCAAGGAAGGUAAAGAAGAUGAUGACGCUACAGAAAAAGAUAAAGACGAAACACACAGUCUGACAGCCCUUUCAGUUCACAUCAAGGUAAAACCAAACUCAGAAGAGAACAAACGCAAGAAAUCAUUGGCUUCUAAGCUCUGCCAUUUAAAACAACACCAAGCAGAUCAUUCAAAAGCAGUUCUGUCCAGGACUUCCUCACAGGAUAAUGAUGGCAUCCAAGACAGCAAUAGCAAUGAGAAUCAUUGUGAUACUACACAGAAUGCUGAGCAAGGUUGCAGAACAGAUUCUCAGCUAGCUGAGGAGGAGAAAGCCACAACAUCCAGAGACUGGCUUCAACACUACGAUGCAUCUAUAGGAAAGACAGUGUAUGUCAACAAAGUGACCGGGCUCAGUCGAUUUGAGGACCCACAAACAGAAGAAAAACAAGCGUGCUGUAUGUCUGAUGUCUCCAAUUUGGCAGUUAAUGUUGUUUCUGAAACAGGGCUGGAGUACAGGUGUUAUCCAUUUCAGUUGGAUCUAGUGUUGCCCUUCCUCCCAAAAUCCAGGAGAGAAAGAGUGAUUAGUUCAGGGCUUGAUGGCAGAGAUGGCCAGGAGGAAAACUUCAACUCCCUUACCUCAUUUUACUCGAAAUGGAAUAAUCCAGUUUUUGUCCGACCUCCUACGGUUGCUUUGGACAUAUCCAGCGGGCAAGCUGAUGGACUGGCUGUCAAAGUCCACAACAUCCUGUUUCCAUACCGAUUUUCUAAGGAUAUGAUUCACUCAAUGAAGGUUAUUCAUCAGGUGGAUAAGAAGUUUCUUGCAUGUCUCAUCAGCACCAAAGAAGAAGAGCAAUCGGCACUUGCUGAAACUAAAGGCAACCUGCUUGUGCUGGUGGAUCAACAUGCUGCACACGAGAGGGUUCGACUUGAAAAUCUUAUUGCAGAUUCCUAUGAGGAUGAUCCAGAUUCCCCUGGGGAGAGGCGUCUGUGUUCAUCGACCAUCUUGCCGCCUCUUGAGAUCAGUGUUACAGAGGAGGAGCUGAGGCUUCUCAGAUCUUGCCAGUCACAUUUGCGAAGCUUAGGCCUGGAGUUGGCGUUUUCAGAUGCUGCAGAUCCACUGGUUCUUGUAGGGAAGGUACCACUGUGCUUCAUAGAAAAAGAGAGCAAUGAGCUCAGGCGAGGAAGGCCUUCUGUUAUCAAGCCAAUUGUGGAGGAGUAUCUUCGAGAACAGAUAGAGUUACUUUGUUCAGCAGGUAGAGUCAGACGGACUCUACCUCUUACCGUGCUAAAGGUGCUAGCCUCCUUAGCAUGCCAUGGUGCCAUCAAAUUCAAUGACAGCCUAAGUAGAGAUGAAUGUUGCAGCUUGGUGGCAUCCUUAUCUUCCUGCCAGCUACCCUUUCAGUGUGCCCAUGGCCGUCCAUCCAUCGCUCCUUUAGUAGACAUCCUCCAUUUGGACAAAGACCAGAAGGAGUUGCAGAAACCCAACCUUCGAAAGCUAAGAAGAAUGUAUAAAGCAUGGCAACUGUAUGGAGAUAAAUAAGUGGGUAUACAUUUAUUUUAAAGGUGCAGUGCAUUAUGAAUUGAACAGCCAGUACCAUAUUCAAUGGUUAAAACAACCACAAGAACUCAAAGUCUUAAAGUGUUGGUGCUCAGCUUUUUAUAAAAGAAAACAGAGCUAUAUUCACUACGUGCUUUCAGGCAACAAAAAUGAAAUACUUGACUAAUUCAGCUUUAUUAUGCUAAAGAGGAGCUCUGGUAAUUGGUGGAAAAACUGUAGGAUGUUGCAUUUAAAUUGUUAAACCUCACAUGUAUUUAGAAUGUAAUACCAGCAAGCAGGGAGUAACAUGCCAAUCAGGUCAUUUACAUCUCACAUGGUGUCUCACAUCUCUCCCUUGUUUUUUGAACUGAUGCUGUAACCUAAAAUACACUAUGCUGUACCUCAAGCGGAGUGGGCAAGUAGUCUGACACAGAGGUGGUCAGUCACCUCUUAUCGUCAAGCCUCUUAGAGGCUGCCCUCCAAAAACGUUAGCAUUAAUCUGAAAUGUCAAUAUUCACUUUACAAACAGCAUCAAAAUAUCAGAUGAGCAUGUUUUUAAAAUUGAUUUGUGGUCAUUCUUUACUGGCAGUAAUCCCCAUAUUGUUUUUUUUCCAUGGGAUAGUUCCAUUGUAUGUAUAUUUAAAAAAGGAACAAGUGGAGAUAAGGAGUUUAUAUUAUGAGAUGUUCUAUUUUUUGUGAUCCAGUGUCUUAUAUUUAGCAUAAAUCUUUAAAUAAAAGCCCUUCCUAAUUUAA